GUUUCCGUCCGGGCGGCGUUCAGCGGCGGACCCUCCCCCUUGGUGCUUUUCUGCUGCUUCACCUCCCUCCAUGCAGUCCCGGGUGGUGUGCCUCGGCGGCGGGGGCCCCAGUGUUUACGGGGCCCCUGGGGCCGGUAGGAGGGUCCGUCUCCUCCUCCAGCAGGUGGCAGCGGGAAGGGCCCGAGGAGAGGAGGCCCCACGGCUGCGAUGCCCGGCCAGGGCGCUCCACGGCGCCGGGAAGGCCGAAGGAGAUACUGUUACCAUUGGAGAUGUGUCAUACAAACUCAGAACUCCAAGAAAUCCAGAACUUGUACCAAGGAACUACAUUUCAGACUCUCUGGCUCAGUCUGUAAUUCAACAUUUAAGAUGGAUCAUGCAAAAAGAUAUUUUGGGCCAAGAUGUUUUCCUCAUAGGACCUCCUGGGCCACUUCGGAGAUCUAUUGCCAUGCAAUACUUGGAAUUGACCAAGCGGGAAGUGGAAUACAUUGCACUCUCAAGGGAUACAACUGAAACUGAUCUCAAACAGCGGAGAGAGAUUCGUGCUGGCACCGCCUAUUACAUUGAUCAAUGUGCAGUCCGUGCAGCUACAGAAGGUAGAAUCCUAAUUCUGGAAGGUUUGGAGAAGGCUGAGAGGAAUGUCUUACCGGUAUUGAACAAUUUACUGGAGAAUAGGGAAAUGCAACUUGAAGAUGGUCGUUUUCUUAUGGCAGCAGAACGUUAUGACAAACUGCUAAAGGAACAUGAUAAAGCAGAGUUGGAUGCAUGGAGGAUUGUUAGAGUCAGUGAAAACUUCAGAGUAAUUGCGCUGGGCCUUCCUAUCCCUCGAUAUUUGGGUAAUCCGUUAGACCCACCACUGCGGUCUAGAUUCCAAGCUAGAGAUGUUUAUUAUCUACCCUUUAAGGACCAUCUUUCACUCUUAUAUUUAAUGGGACCUUCUGUUUCAACAGAGAGAAUUUCCCAGCUUUUGUCCUUUGCAACAACUCUUUGCACCCAAGAAUCCUCUGCAUUGGGCCUCCCUGACUUUCCUUUAGACAGUUUGUCAUCAGCUGUGCUUAUUCUGAACUCCUUUCCUAUGAUGUCAAUCCAGCAUAUAAUCGAAUGGCUUUAUCCAUAUAAUGUUCUAUUGGGAAAGGAAGGCAAGACAGCAGUAGUAGAUGCCUUAAAACGGUUUGAGCUCCAGGAUUCAGAAAAGCAUUUUGUAUCUACAAGAGUUGUAAAUGUGAAAAAGAAGGAGGUUGACAAGAUCUUGCUGGCUGAUGUGACAGUUCAAAUAGCUGACAAAGCUGUGACAGUUCAGGUUCCUGCUGGGACUAGACCAUUUGACCUUCAUUCUGGGACAGAUGGCUUCAUAAAGACUUUCAGCCAUGAGCAACUAUUGGCAGAAAUGAUGCAGUCUCAUAUGGUGAAAGAUAUCUGUUUGAUUGGGGAAAAAGGCUGUGGCAAAACUGUUGUUGCUAAGGAGUUUGCAGCUAUGUUAGGAUACAACAUAGAACCUCUCAUGCUGUAUCAGGACAUGACAGCACGAGAUCUGUUGCAACAAAGGUAUACUCUCCCUAAUGGGGAUACUUCCUGGAGACCAUCUCCACUUAUAACAGCUGCUCUUGAAGGGAAGCUUGUUAUUCUUGAUGGUAUUCAUCGUGUCAAUCCAGGCACUCUAGCUGUUCUGCAAAGGUUAAUUCACGAUAGAGACAUUACUCUUUAUGAUGGCACCAGAUUGCUCAGGGAAGACAGGUAUCAAAAACUGAAAGAAGAUCUGCAGCUCUCAGAUGAACAACUACAGCAAAGGUCCAUUUUCCCCAUCCAUCCUUCCUUCAGAAUAAUUGCCUUAGCAGAACCUCCUGUUGUAGGAAGCACCACGCAGCAGUGGCUGGGCCCAGAACUCUUAACACUUUUUCUUUUCCAUCACAUGAAGCCUCUGAGCAAGAGUGAAGAAAUUAAAGUUAUUAAAGAAAUGGUUCCAAAUGUUCCUAGUACUGCAGUGGAACAGCUGCUGAAGUUAACACACAAACUUCGUGAUACAAAUGAUCCCACUGCACAAUCAUUAGCAUCAUCUUUAUCCACGAGGCAGCUAUUGAGAAUUUGCCGUCGACUUUCUCACUAUCCAGACGAAAGUCUCUACAAUGCUGUCAAUAAAGCCUGUCUUUCCAGGUUUUUACCCAACCUUGCAAAAUCUGCUUUACAUAAAAAUCUCUUGGAUUCUGGAAUUGAAACAAGUCUUACAGACGCUCAGCAACUGGAGGGAAAAGAUUAUAGCUGUGAAGUAAACUCGGGAAUCCUAAGAAUUGGAUCUGUAACCAUCCCCAUUUCCAAUCCAUAUGAGAAAAUGAAAGUUCCUGAUGUUCUCUUCUAUGAAAACACUCAACAUAUGAUGGUGAUGGAAGAUAUGUUGAAAGACUUCUUGCUGGGAGAGCAUCUUCUCUUAGUUGGCAACCAAGGUGUGGGGAAAAAUAAAGUGGUUGACAAAUUUCUUCAACUGUUAAAUAGACCAAGAGAAUAUUUCCAGCUCCAUAGAGACACUACCGUGCAAAGUCUUACGCUUCAGCCCUCAGUUAAAGAUGGUCUUAUAAUAUAUGAGGAUUCUCCACUAGUGAAAGCUGUCAAAAAGGGGCAUGUUCUAGUUAUUGAUGAGGCAGACAAGGCACCAACGAAUGUUACCUGCAUUUUAAAAACAUUGGUUGAAAGUGGAGAAAUGAUUCUGUCUGAUGGACGACGCCUUGUCGCUAAUUCUGGUUGUGUCAAUGGAAGGGAAAAUGUUAUAGUAAUUCAUCCAGACUUUAGAAUGAUCGUUCUAGCAAACAGGCCUGGAUUUCCUUUCCUGGGCAAUGAUUUCUUUGGAACACUUGGAGACAUUUUUAGCUGCCAUGCAGUUGAUAAUCCUAAACCAAAGUCAGAACUGGCAAUGCUGCGACAGUAUGGGCCUGAGGUUCCUGAACCAGUCCUGCAGAAACUAGUGGCUGCUUUUGGAGAGCUUAGAAGCUUAGCUGACCAAGGAAUUAUCAAUUACCCUUAUUCCACUAGAGAAGUAGUAAAUAUAGUAAAACAUUUACAGAAAUUUCCAACAGAAGGACUUGCAAAUGUUGUUCGAAAUGUUUUUGACUUUGACUCUUACAACAAUGAAAUGCGUGAAAUUUUAAUUAGGACUUUGCAUAAACACGGAAUACCAAUUGGAGCAAAACCCACCAAUGUACAGCUAGCUAAGGAGUUGCCAUUACCCGAUCCAAAAUUCAUGGGCUACUGGAAAGUCAACCAAAUGGGCAAUGCAAGGCGAAAAAUGCUAUGCCCAACGGAAACACAUCGCAUAAAUGUAAAGGGUCCAAUGUAUUUGAAUGUUCAGGCAUUUCCACUGGAGAGGCAUGAGGCCAGGUCCCUGAGUUUUACAGAAGAAACAGCAUUUUGGUCACUGCCACUGAACGAAGUGAAUAUAGUAUGCGAUGUUGCUGUGGCACAAGAAAAUGAAGCGGAAAAUACGAUCUUUGUGGCCACAUGCAAUCCCGUCUCCUUAUAUUUUAUGGAUACCUCUAGCCAGAAUGGAUACUAUGUGGACUUGUAUGAUAUCUUCCCAAGAACAGGCAUAUGGCAGCCUUUUGUGACUCUGGCACCUCUAGGCAAUCCAUUAAAAGGCCAAGUAAUUUUACACGAAGAGCAGAAUAAUAUUGUUUUAUUACUGGAUACAAACACUGGUACCCUGCGACGUCUUUUGCUGUUGCCAGAUGAUGAAGAGGCUCCUAAAAGAACAUCCUGGUGGGGCAACAAAGGUGGCAAAGAGGUGAAGAGUCAUAAAAUGUGCAAAGAGUUUUCACACAAAAACUGGUUGGUGUUCUACAAAGAAGAAGGGAGUCAGCUCACAGUCCUAGAUGUCCUGGAGGGUCAUGCACACACCAUCUCCCUACCUAUCAACCUCAGAUCUGUCUUUUUAGUGGCCGAAGCCCAUUGGCUCCUUGUAGAAAGCAAAACAAAUCAGAAAUUUUUGUUAACAAAGCCUAUGCAUAUGGACUCUGAAGAGAGUGGUGUCUGCCAGUUGCAUGCACUUAGUGAAGAACCAGAGGAGACUGGAUUUGGUCAAACAACAGCUUCAGAACCGUAUGGGCCACAGGCAGCUUCUUGUGACCAGCUAUCUUCAGAACACCUCAGUGCAGCCAUUGGGCAGAAAAUCAGCUCACCCAACAGGCUACUAUCUGAUGACCGUAGUUACGCUACUCUUAUUGUCGGUUUUCCAGACCUCAUGUCCCCUAAUGAGGUUUAUAACUGGAAGAGAGACUCCCCUCUGGGAAACAGGCAACCUUUGCCGUCUGAUCCAUUUUAUUAUGGAAAACGUAGCAAGCCCGGAGUAGCAAAACAAAUCAAUUGUGUGACUCUUGUAGCUGCUAAUCAGGUGGUCAGGGUUUUAACCCCUGGAGAUGUGCCUCUGAAGGAACUUUAUCCAAAAGAUGUUACUCCUCCAGAAACUGCUGGAUAUUUGGAAAUUACAGAUCUUACAAGAAAGAAACUUAAAUAUAUUCCUGUUCCAAGGCCAAUGAACCUCUCUCCAUACACAUCAUGGCUGUCAGUGAUUUCUGACACUGAUGUCCUGUUGGCUUCACUUGGGAAAACUGGUGUGGUUACUGUAGACAUGGGGGGCAACGUCAGACUCUGGGAAACCAGCUUGGAAAGUCUUCAGAAAUCACUCCAGGAGUGGAGAACCAUGAUUGGACAAGAGGAUGGCAGACCUGUACAGAUAACUAUCCAGAGAGAUAGCGGUUUGGAUGUUAGCUCUCCUAAGCAUGGGAAGAUCGACCAAGACAAUGCCCCUCAUGUUGGUGGAAAUACGUGGGCUGGAGGAACAGGUGGGAGAGACACUGCUGGUUUGGGUGGCAAGGGGGGUCCGUACAGACUGGAUGCCGGCCACAGAGUAUACCAGGUGUCUCAGGCAGAGAAAGAUGCUGUGCCCGAAGAAGUGAAGAAAGCUGCCAGGGAGAUGGGUGAAAAGGCUUUCAAACAGAGAUUAAGGGAGAUCCAGAUGAGUGAAUAUGAUGCAUCUACAUAUGAAAGGUUCUCUGGAGCUGUCCGACGGCAAGUUCAGUUGCUCCGAAUUAUUUUGGAUAACCUACAGGCCAAAGGAAAGGAGAGGCAAUGGCUAAAGAAUCAGGCACUUGGAGAACUGGAUGAUGCAAAGAUAAUUGACAGCCUAACUGGUGAAAAAGCCAUCUAUAAGCGACGGGGAGAACUUGAUCCACAACCUGGGAGCCCUCAGCAGAAGCCCAAACGUCUCCGCCUGGUAGUGGAUGUUUCUGGCAGCAUGUACCGCUUCAAUGGAGUCGAUGGGAGGCUGGAGCGUUCCAUGGAAGCUGUUUGCAUGGUUAUGGAGGCCUUCGAAAAUUAUGAGCAGAAAUUUAAGUAUGACAUCAUUGGACAUUCGGGAGAUGGCUUCAACAUCGCCUUGGUCCAAAGCGACAAAGUUCCGAAAAAUAAUAAACAAAGACUAGAACUCCUGAAGACAAUGCAUGCUCAUGCUCAGUUCUGCAUGAGUGGGGAUCACACCCUGGAGGGCACAGAGCAUGCAAUUCGGGAAAUUGUAAAAGAAGAGGCAGAUGAGUACUUUGUUAUUGUCUUAAGUGAUGCCAAUCUGGAGCGGUAUGGGAUCCCUGCAGCAAAAUUUGCCCAAACCUUGACCAUCAACCCCAAAGUGAAUGCUUUUGCCAUAUUUAUAGGAUCUUUGGGGAACCAGGCAGACAGGUUGCAAAGGACCCUGCCAGCAGGCCGGUCUUUUAUUGCUUUGGAUACCAAGGAAAUUCCACAGAUUUUGCAGCAGAUCUUUACCUCCACCAUGCUGUCCAGUGCCUAGAAAGUGCCUGCUUUUAAUGAGUAGCUGAAUGGUUGACUAUGGAAAACAGCUCAAAGUAAUCAGGAAGAUGAUUUCAACCUUAGAGCUGCAGCACUAAUAAUUUCUGCUUUAUAUUGGAGUAAAUAUUGUAAUGUAUUUGUACUAUUGUACUAUUUGUACUUUUGAAUUAACAUUCAAAACGUUCCUCAUUGCGCCUCUUGGAUUAAAGAACUGGUCUGAAGAUCACAAUCAAAUUCUUCUGAUAAACUGCAGUAGGUUCCUAGAUAUUAUGCUUUGCACUGAAUGCCUAUCCAUGGAGGCUGAAAUAAAGGGUAUCUGACA